CCAUUCCCUUCCCUUCGCAGCACUAGUCCCCCUUUUCCGUCGCCAUCGCUUCGCUUCGCUCUCAUCGCAUCGUUUCCUUUGAGGAACUCUCUCGUUCUGCAGCCUCGUUCGGAGGUACUCCAUGACCCCCCUGCAUUUCCACAUGGCCUUCAAUCUAUCCUCUUGCACAACGGAUCCUCGUUAGGAAUUUAUUUCCCCAAAGUAGCGUUGUGCGAUCGAGGGUGAUCGGCUCAUUCAUUUUCUGCUAUGUCGAUGUACGCUGCGUCUUGCGGAGCGUUCUUGCGCAAUUGAGCAAAUUAACAAAUUUGGCAUCAUAAAAAGGUUGCAAUUCACAUGCAAAUUCAGUUGCUGAUUGUUCUGUCUAGCUAGUAGCCAGUAGGUUUCACCAUGAGAGCAUCAACCGCCCGGGCCCUUACCUCAAGGAUCGCAAGAGGUUGCCAAGGACGAGGAAGAGGAGGAGCACGAUCUGGGUUUCGGGUAUUGGCUAGCAAGGAUGAAGAGUUUUCACCACAACUGCAGUCCACAAAGUUGCAGAUGUACCAUUCUUUUACGAGACAAUUUUCUUCUGCUCAGCCAAUCUGUGGACACAGGGAAGCCCUGGCCAUGGCGAACCAGAACUCCGACUUCCCCACCCGGACCUUACCUUCGAUUUUACAAAAGUUUAGGGGUUUCAACUCUAGCGAGGUGAGGAUGCCGGAUGUGGAAGCUAAUGGAGGGAUAGUGGAGAUACCGUUGGCACAAACCGGGGAAGGGAUUGCAGAUUGCGAGCUGAUUCGGUGGUUUGUAAAGGAGGGUGACAUGGUGGAUGAGUUCGCUCCUGUCUGCGAGGUGCAAAGUGACAAGGCCUCCGUCGUGAUCACGAGCCGUUACAAGGGUAAAGUAUCCCAGAUUCUCUUCUCUCCCGGGGAUAUAGUCAAGGUCGGCGAAACAUUGAUGGAAUUGAUGCUGGAAGGAUCAGCCGCGGAAGUGGGGCUGAGCAAAGGAGAGCCGAACCUCAGUACAGAGAUUCAAUCAAUUGCGGAGUCGAAAGCGAAAUCCGUGAAGAGUGAGGACGGGCGGGAUCACUCAUCGGUGCUUGCUGUCCCAGCAGUGCGAGCCUUGGCCAAGGAGCACGGUGUGGAUCUAGCCAGCAUCGUAGGAACAGGGAAAGAUGGGCGCAUUAUGAAGCACGACGUCUUGAAUUACGUCGCAUCGAGAGAAAAUGUACACGAUGAUAUCCAGUCUUUGAACGAAACACCCCUUCACGUCAAGCAGGCGCCAGAAACGUCUGAGCCGAGUGUGAGCAGAGAGUACACGCCUGUGCCAGCAGAGCCCAGUCGUAGCGUUUUCGAUGGAGCAGAUACUUGCAUUCCUAUCAGAGGUCAUCGACGAGCCAUGGCGAAGGCCAUGACUGCAGCUGCAGCUGUACCACACUUCUACUACGUGGAAGAGAUAGGCGUGAGUAAGCUGACAGAGAUGAAGCGCGCGUUAAGUGAAGGAGUGCCUCUUGAAGCUGGCGUGAAGCUUACGCAUCUCCCUUUUCUUAUCAAAUCCUUGUCCAUGGCGCUCAAGAAAUAUCCCCUCAUGAAUAGUGUUGUAGACGAAGCAGUGACUGAGAUCAAUGUUCGAGCUUCUCACAAUAUCGGUGUUGCGAUGGCUACCAGCUUUGGUCUUGUCGUACCCAACAUCAAAAAUGUACAGCGCCUCUCGGUCCUUGAGAUUGCAGCAGAGCUAUCUCGCCUGAUUCACCUUGCUAAUACGAAUUCUUUAAGCACUGAGGACAUCACUGGUGGCACAAUUACUGUCUCUAAUUUUGGAGCAAUAGGAGGCAAGUUCGGAAUGCCUAUUCUCAAUGUUCCCGAAGUCGCCAUCGUUGCCAUCGGUCGCAUGCACCAGAUUGUUCGACCAAAUGAGACGGGUUUUGACGGCAACGAAGACUCAGAACGUGUCAUCAAUGUCACAUGGGGAGCGGAUCACAGGGUGGUCGAUGGAGCAACUGUGGCGCAUUUUUGCAACGAAUGGAAGUUGCUAAUUGAGCAACCUGAGCGGCUGGUCUUGACUCUUCAGUGAACAAUUUGAAGAUCGAAAUAGACAUUCUUUCCUCUGCUACCUGUUAACUGUUCACUGUAGAUGUACAUUUUUUACUAAUUGCUACAAUAGUACUUGCUUGACCUGUACAUACUAGCGGAGAGCAAUGUGGCUUCUAGCCCAACUCAUGCAGUUUAGCGGAUCUACUUCGUUAAAAUGCGCCCCAAGGCGUAAAUUCUGUACAGGAACCUGACAACCUUAUUAUUCAAACAAAAUUUGACCAGACGUCUA